GCGGAAGUGACAGCUAGAGGCGGCUGUAACUUUGAUAGUUCAGUGAUUUAUCCUUAAUAAUUAAAUACUAAUUAAAUAAUUAUAACAAUGAAAGGACUAACAAGUUAAAUAAGCAGUAAUUUUCGCCUUAUUUGUCUUUCUUUGACCGAUAAACAAAGCCGGAAGUCCUUGUUUACUUUUGAUGGAGCUCACACGUGACAAACUAACUAUGGACAAAUCCAUUUUCAUAACCGUGUUUCUUGUAUGUUUUCCUGAUUUUUUAAUGGCCGAGCAGCCUCACGUGGUCUUCAUCCUGGCAGAUGACUUUGGCUGGAAUGAUGUCGGUUAUCACAGCUCUGAGAUCAGCACUCCAAACCUGGACAGGCUGUCUGCUGCAGGAGUCCGCCUGGAGAACUACUACGUCCAGCCUAUCUGUACCCCCUCCAGGAACCAGCUCAUGACCGGGAGGUACCAGAUCCACACGGGCAUGCAGCAUCAGAUCAUCUGGCCCUGUCAGCCCUACUGUGUUCCUCUGGAUGAGAAACUGCUGCCCCAGCGGAUGAAGGAGGCGGGUUACGCCACACACAUGGUUGGCAAGUGGCACCUGGGCAUGUACAAGAAGGACUGCCUGCCCACGCGCCGCGGCUUUGACUCAUACUUUGGCUACCUGUUGGGCAGCGAGGAUUACUUCACUCAUCGCCGCUGUAAUUUCAUCUCCGCUCUGAACCUGACUCGCUGUGCGUUGGACCUGCGGGACGGAGAAGAGGUCGCCACCGCAUACAAAGGAGUUUAUUCCACUGAGUUGUUCAGCCAGAGGGCCACCAGCAUUAUUGAAAAACACAACUCUAACAAGCCGCUCUUCCUCUACGUGGCGUUGCAAGCCGUCCACGAGCCCCUUCAGGUGCCCGAGCGCUACGUGGCCCCCUACAGCUUCAUCGAAGACCGCCAUCGCAGGCUGUACGCCGGCAUGGUGUCGGCCAUGGACGAGGCGGUGGGAAACAUCACUCUGGCUCUGCAGCAGAGUGGACUCUGGAACAACACGGUCCUGGUGUUCUCAACAGAUAACGGAGGUCAGACGCGGAGCGGUGGCAGCAACUGGCCCCUGCGAGGGAGGAAGUGGUCCCUGUGGGAGGGGGGGAUCCGGGGAGUCGGGUUCGUCUCCGGCCCGCUGCUGAAGCAACCGGGGACCGUCAGCCACGAGCUCAUCCACAUCACCGAUUGGCUGCCAACCCUCGUCGGCCUCGCCGGAGGGAGCACCAACGGCACGAAGCCACUGGACGGAUUCAACGUGUGGAACACAAUCAGCAAAGGGUUGGCCUCACCCAGACUGGAGCUGCUGCACAACAUUGACCCACUGUAUGUUGACCUCGCUCCAUGUCCUGGCACCGGGCGUCAGUUAACUUUGGCUCAGGUGGACGGCGGCGGCGGCUCCGGGGCCAACUCUGGCUUCAAUGUGUCCAUUCACGCCGCCAUUCGAUCCUCAAACUGGAAGCUGCUGACUGGCUACCCGGGUUGUGACAUUUGGUUCCCGCGGCCCGGCCAUAACAGCUCCGAGUCUGGCCCGUCCAGAGUGGAUCCACUGAAGUCCGUCAUGCUGUAUGACAUCGAGAAAGACCCGGAGGAGAGGAAUGAGUUAUCCGCUGACUUCCCCGCCGUAGUGGAGUAUCUCCUCAGUAGGCUCCAACAGUACCAGAAGAGCGCCUUGCCGAUAAACUACCCCGAUAAUGACCCCAGAUGUGACCCGGGCCCCACGGGAGCCUGGGGACCCUGGGCCUAGAUGGCGGUGAGGUGACAAUGAUGAAGGUGGUAGCACUUUGUUUACUGGGAAUUACAGCAGCAGGAAUCUGUUCUGUGGGGAAAAGUUUUUUAGUCAAACCAGUCUAAAAUCGAUCAUGCUCAUAUUUAAUUUAAAUUUGAAUAUGUGACCAAUUAGAUUCUUUAUUUUUAUAGCAACCAAUGAAAAAAUCUCUUUGUCCCGGCUCUGAGAUGCUUCUGUAAAGGUUUAGUGAAAGCGAUUGCGUAAACGCUGUCAGCUACACAUGUUGCUGAUUUGUAAAGACUACACCCCCCCUGCUGUUUCAGGUAUUUGCACAUCAUUUAUCUACUGUUGAGAAGCCGCAGGCUGCUUUGUACGUGUCAAACAUGUUUUUAAACCAGACUGUGGUAUCUUUUUGGAGCUUUUUUAAGGAUUGUACAGGAGAGGGCAAAACAUUGGAUGGGUUCAAGAGAAAGCAGACGACUCAUAACGUUUGAUUUUAGCCAGAUUUUGAAAUGUAAAGCUGCACUAUUUACAAUGGUUACGGCGAGUACAUUUUAUAUGAAGGGAGAUACAUGAAGUGGAAAACCCACAGAGAUUCAUCAUUAGACUCCCCUCACUCUGCAGUGUUUUAGCAUCUUUUAGCUCGUUGUUUUGGUUCUGCUCUCUUUUGCAUCUUUUCCAUCAGCAGCAGGAACCUUUUAAAAGCAAACACGUUCUGAUAAACAAACUAAAUUCUACCUCCCAGACUUCAAAAAGCAGAUGUCCAAAGUUACUAACUAGCUUGUGAACACAGUGGAGCAUUUAGCCACUAAAGAGCCAGAUAUAGUUGGUGGAGACCUGAAGCAGUGUUUUCUAUCUUUAAAGAUAUAUAUUUUUAUUAUAAAAAUGUCUUAUCAAAAUAAAAUGACGAAGGAAUCAAAUGUUUUAAUAUAAAUUUGUUACAGUUUUGCUCAACUUUGCUAUUCUUAGAAGGAAGAAGGAAUACAACCUAAGUUUCGAGGCACAGUCUGUGGAAAUAUUUGAUUUGGAAAUCAGUUAUAGCAAUAAGUGCCUUUUUAAACCAGCUGCUGGACAAGAUUUAUGUUGCUUAGGGAACUAUAUGUUACAAAAUCAGAUAGUAAUGUACAUUAUAUGAGACCACACAUGGAAGCAAAAACAAAGCUAAAACGAGCGUGAAUAAUGGAAUUAAAUUCGUCAAGUUGCUAGAAAGACGACUCCGAAUGAAGGAUAAUGUUGCUGCAUGUCUGCUGGAUGUGUAAGUAAGCAACUGUUUGCUAAAAUCAUCUUUAUAAGUUGAUAAUAAGUCAAUGUUUUGUUUAUAUAUUGUUGCCUUGCACGCUAAAGUAUAAUUGCAGGGUUAAAAUAUGUUGUUUUAAAUUAACUGUGCUGUCCUUUUUUUAUUAUUAUUAAUUGUACACACCACUAUUCGUAAGUGCCUUCUUGUUUAAAAUGUCUUACCCAAUUGAUGUGCUUGUUCGUAAAACAAAAAAUACAUAAUAAAGAGGU